UUCUUUAAAUUGUUUGCGGAAGAAGCAUGGAACAUACAAAAUUGCAAGGGCUAUGCCUAGUUAUUUACUCUUUGAUUAUGCUAAAUGGCAAAACUGUACUUGGAGGGAGCCAAAAACCAAACGAAGCUUACAUGGUUGAUUUAACUAUUCUUGAAAGUGCAGUGUCAAAAGGAGCUGUUUGCUUGGAUGGGAGUCCACCAGCGUACUAUUUUGAUAAGGGACAUGGAGAAGGAGCUAAUAAUUGGAUUAUCUACUUUAGGGGAGGAGAAUGGUGCUAUAGCGUGACAGAUUGCCUUGAUCGUACAAAGACAGAAAGAGGUUCUUCAAAACUUGCUCCAAAGCAAAGAUCACUUUAUGGAAUGCUUAGCAACAAUAAAACAGUGAAUCCAGAUUUCUACAAUUGGAAUAGAGUCAUGGUUAUUUAUUGUGAUGGAUCAUCAUUCACCGGAGACGUUGAAGAAGUUGACCCGGCUACUAACCUUCAUUUUAGAGGCGCGAGGAUUUUCCUUGCCUUGAUCGAUCAUUUCUUGGCGAAAGGAAUGAAGGAUGCUAAAAAUGUCAUUCUCACAGGUGGUUCAGCUGGAGGACUGCCUGCUUUAAUCCAUUGUGAUCGUUUUCGAUCUCUUGUUCCUAACUCUGCUAGAGUCAAGUGUCUUGCUGAUGGUAGCUAUUUUCUUCAUGACAGGAAAAACAAGGACAUGACAUUCAUGGAGACCGUUAAUGAAGGACUGAUUAACUUACAUCAAUCAGCCAAGAUGUUGCCAUCAUCCUGCACUUCAAGGAUGAAACCAUCCUUGUGCCUUUUUCCACAAUAUUUUCAAGAAGGAAUCAAGACACCAUUUUUCGUAGUCAACUCAAUGUUUGACACAUUUCAGAUAAACAAGACUUUUCCGGGUUAUUACGACGACCUUUUUAAGAAUACGUGCUCAGCUUCUCUUGUUAAAAAUUUACAAGAUUUCAAACAGGAAUUUUUAAGUGCUUUGCCCAAACAAAGUCAUUCUUCAUCAAGAGGAAUGUUUAUUGACUCUUGCUUGAUUCAUGCCCAUAUAACAAGUGGCGUUGGUUGGAAUGGGUUCUCAGUAAAUAAUAAGACAAUUGCACAGGCAUUUAGCGACUGGUACUUCGACCGGAGUCUUGUCCAAUUGAUAGACAAGCCAGAUUUGCCACAGAAUUGUUACAAAUUCCCCGCAAUUACAAACUUUUGCACCUAAAAUA